AUGAAAUAUCGAUCAACUAGAGGCUCACCAAAACUUCUUUCGUUUUCUGAAGCAGUAUUAGUAGGAUUAGCAGAAGAUGGAGGAUUAUUUAUUCCUGAAAAUAUGCCAAGUUUACCAGAGAAUUGGAGUAAAGCUUGGUCAGAUUUAACAUAUAAAUCGUUAGCACUUGAAAUAUUUUCAUUAUAUAUUCCAAGAGAAGAAAUUUCACGUGAAGAAUUAAAACAAUUGAUAGAUAAAUCAUAUUCAACAUUUACUUUUAAUGAUAUUACACCAUUAAAGCAAAUCCGAGAAAAUCUUUAUAUAUUAGAAUUGUUUCAUGGACCUACAUUUGCUUUUAAAGAUGUUGCGUUACAAUUUCUUGGUAAUUUAUUUGAAUAUUUAUUAGAAAAAAAGAAUAAAGAAAAAAAAGAGGAAGAAAAUAUUACUGUUUUGGGAGCUACUAGUGGAGAUACCGGUAGUGCAGCCAUUUAUGGAUUAAGAGGGAAAAAAAAUAUUUCUGUAUUCAUACUUCAUCCGCGUGGUAAAGUAUCACCAGUUCAAGAAGCUCAAAUGACAACAGUAUUAGAUAAAAAUAUUCAUAAUUUAGCAGUUGAAGGAACGUUUGAUGAUUGUCAGGAUAUAGUUAAGAAUUUAUUCGCAGAUAGGUCGUUUAAUGAAAAAUAUCAUUUAGGGGCCAUUAACUCAAUAAAUUGGGCAAGAAUAUUAGCACAAAUAGUAUAUUAUUUUUAUUCAUAUUUUCAAUUACUUUCAUCAUUGAAUAUUACGAUCGAAUCGAAAGAAUCAAAAGAAAUUUAUCUUCAAUAUUGUGUACCAACAGGAAAUUUUGGUGAUAUAUUAGCGGGAUAUUAUGCUAAAAAGAUGGGAUUACCUAUAAGUAAAUUAGUAGUAUCAACCAAUUCUAAUGAUAUACUAGAUAGAUUUUUUAAGAAUGGUAGAUACGAAAGAUCAAAAGGAGGAAACGGUGUAACUGUUAUAGAAACUCUUAGUCCCGCUAUGGAUAUUGCUAUUUCAAGUAAUUUUGAAAGAUUGUUAUGGUAUUUAGUGUAUGAAAAUAUUGGUAAAAAAGAGGAGGAGGAAAGAAAUGAGGAAGAAAAAGUUAAGGAAACUAGUAGUAUUAUUAGAGAAUGGAUGCAAAAUGUUAAAGUUAAUAAAAGUUUAGUUGUCGAAAAAUCCGUAUUAGAUAUUUCACUUCGUGAUUUUAUAAGCGAAAGAGUUUCCGAUCAAGAAACAUUGGAUACCAUAAAGAAGUAUUAUGCACCUGAAAAUGAAAAUCAAAUUUCUUACAUUCUUGAUCCACACACAGCAGUUGGCGUUGCAGCCGCAGACAGACAGAAUAUUUCGCCGAAUACAUAUCAAAUAUGUUUAGCAACAGCACAUCCCGCAAAAUUUUCUCAAGCAGUAGAAAAAGCGUUAGAAAAUUUUAAAGAAUUUAAAUUUGAAAACAUUUUACCAAAAGAAUUUAUUGGAUUAUUGGAAAGAGAAAGAAAAGUUGUAUUUGUUGAAGGAGCCGAACCCUCUUUAGUUAAACAAGUAAUAGAAAAUGAAUUAGAUAAUGAAUGA